GAAACAGAACAAUUGGCUUCUCAUCCUGCAUUAGAGUUACCACAAGAAGUUGUCCAACAAACAUCAUCUCGUGCACCACAGUUAGAAACUCUACAGGAAUUAAUUGAAUAAAAUAGGGUGUGGUCGCUGGAUACGUCUAAUUUUGCAGCUCCAGACUUCAAAAACAAAUUGAAAUCCAACAAAGUUUACACAAACCGAAGUGUUCCAAUUAACUAUUUUGAAAAUAUGUUUCCCAGUGAAAUAAUCACUAUCAUAACAAAGAAUACAAAUGAAUAUGCAAGGUUCAUGUUGUCACUAAAUUGGACUGCAACUGUAGAAGAAGAAAUAAAAGCUUAUCUGGGAAUAGUUAUAAUGAUGGGUUUGCAUCCUCUGCCAGAUGUAGAACUUUAUUGGUCUACAGACCCAUUCUACCAUAACCCAGUCAUAAGUGCAGUGAUGACAUGCAGACGUUUUAAAAAAAUCACAGAAAACUUGCACUUAAGUGACAGAGCCAGAGAACUACAGCGAACUCAAGUAGGGUAUGAUAAAUUGGGUAAAAUCCGUCAAGUAAUGGAUAUUUUGAAUAAAAGUUUCAAGGAUAAUUGUAUUGAGUCCCAGACUCAAUCAAUCGAUGAAAGUAUGAUCAAAUUUAAGGGUAGAAGUACCAUGAAACAAUAUAUGCCAAAAAAGCCGAUCAAAAGAGGCUACAAGGUCUGGGCAAGAUGCGACUCUGAAACUAGGUAUUUACAUCAAUUCAAUGUUUACAGUGGCAAAUGUGAAAGUAAUGAAGAUGGUGAUGGAGGACUUGGUUUCAAAGUAGUCAUGGAGUUGUGCAGAACGGUGCAGGCUGACACCCUAAUAGCUUUUGACAAUUUUUUUACCAGCCUGCCUUUGAUGGAGAUGCUACAUCGGAAGAAAAUUUAUGCAGUUGGUACUGUCAGAGUGAACAGAAAAGGAUUACCAACAUGUCUUUUACCACAUAAAGGCGACAAAAGAGAAAACAAGUUGAAGAUUGGGGAAUUCAUGUUACAGUAUGCAGACCCGGUGUCUGUAAUAAAGUGGCGUGACACAAAAGAUGUAUAUAUAUGUACCACAGCAUAUGAUCCUAAAAAAGUAGUUACAUCGAACCCAAAAGGAUGGCCAAAAAGCACCAAUGAUUUGCCCAUAUGCAAUUGAACAAUACACUAGAAAUAUGGGGGGUGUAGAUAGGCUAGAUCAUUUAAGGUCAUCCUACUCAAUAGGGAGAAAAUCAACAAAGAAAAAUUGGUUGAGAUUAUUUUGGUAUAUGUUGGAAGUGGCCUGCAUAAAUGCAUAUAUUAUGUAUAGUAUGACACACAAGACAAGCAGUAGCAGCCACAAGGAGUUCUGUCUAAGAUUGGCUCGAAGUCUUAUAAACAACUUUUCCACCAGGAUUAGAGACCAUGUCAUUUUCAAAAAUAAGAGAGGGGGCCAGUAUGGUGUGGCAGAUGAAGUGAGAAUGAGAAAUGUUGGGCAUCACAUGCCUUACAAUGCAGCUACUAGGAAACGAUGCCGCUUCUGCAGCA